GACACUGUGGGCGUGGUUUAAUAAUGGCAUGAGCCGCCGAGAGCGGGGUGGUCAUACGUUCAAGGGAGCCACUUCAAUGAAUCAUCUUUGUUGUUUCUAGACGGGAAAAUCUCCUAUUACUAUGAGGCAACCUACAAAUAAGUGACGGAAUUAAUACAUGGGUCUGUUACAAGUAUGCGCUCAUCAGACGGACUGUCCCAGUUUACGUGAAAAGGUAAGACGGUGUGGACUGCCACGUUAGCUGUGUGUUAUGUGUGUAAGCUAGCUCGGACAGGUGAAAACUCACGGUUAGGAUAUAUAAAAUGUAUAAGGCAGUGAUUAAAUGUAAGGUUUUGGCAGCCGUGUGGUAUACCGAUAUGGGGAUAUGGGAUAUGAAAGUCUUUGAUCGUUUAAUGAGUAGAACUGUUAGCUUAGCAUAUCUGUCAACAGGCGACAAUAUCAUGCUGACAUCAGUCUAACCUACCUGUAUGAGUGUCAGCUGAUUUAGGGAGAUGGCAUGACUAGUUGAACAUAGUCUAUGAGAUUUAAUUCACACCUCUUUGUUUUGAAAGUGGUGUGGGGGGUCUGGAACUUCCCGGUUGUACUCUGUGAAUGGCUGCUCCAUGUGCACAAAACUCACUUUGAAUCUUGCAUACAGACAGUGCACUGAUGUUAAAGGGCAAGUACACAGCAAAGUUUUCCUCUACUUAUGUACAAUUUAGCACCCUACGUUAUGAAUCACAUGUCAAUUUAUAUUAGGAUUUAUUUUAUACUUUUUAAAUAGCAUUUGUAAGACUACUAAGUCGGUCUGUUGGCACUCACGGAAGUAUAGUGAUCAUAAUCAGGCUGUUUGUCUCUGGUCUUGUAUCAACAGUGGUUGGUGGAGGAACACUGUGCGGUUUGCGACAUGUUUGUCUCUGUGCCUCCUCAAAAGUCAUCAGUAUUGACUUGCUGUCAGUCCUCCUGAUCCUCCUUCUUCUUGUAACCGUGCAGCAGAAAUAUCAGUUUAGCUGUCAGUUGCCUUCUGUUUUUUUUCACAACAGCAUGCAUGGACAUGAAUUCAAUAUGAAAAUAAAAGCCAGUUAUUCCUGAUAACCUUCAGGGGAACUAUUGAUGCAGAUUGUAAGACUAGAGCUAUUUAAUGACGUUUUGAUUCAUUUUUCUGUGUUUCAGUGUCUGUUGGAGCCUAGAGAGACUUUGCUGUGGAAUGAGGCCGGACCAGUUCUAGACCAGUCUUGAUAUCUUUCUUCCUGAUCACUGCAUAGGAAAGAAGAACAAGAAUGGCCCUGGAAGUGUCUCCGUUUCCGAACGAGUUUAUUGCAUGUCUUCAUGCCGUAGGAUGGGCUCUUAUCCUGCCUUGUUUCUGGUUUCUUGAUCAGCUCAUUGCUGUUUGCAAGUCUACCACCUUGGAGCAAACCCAGCGACUGGAGCAGGAGUGUUACCUCCACCCCCUCAAGGUCGUCUUCGGAUUCAUUCUCUUCUUUAUUCUGUUUCUUGCUACAGCCCCCUUUGCCUUCCUGGGAUUUCUGCUCUGGGCACCACUACAGGCUGUCCGCAGACCCUUUUGCUACCACAGGGAGUUACCCUCCACAGCAGACAGCGAGACACACAGGGGCUUUGAGCUGGUUGGAAAAGCAUCCUUCGGUUUUGCCACAGCCAACCUGUGUCUUUUGCCUGACAGUCUUGCUCGUUUCAACAACCUGGGGAAUACCCAGAACAGAGCAGCAACCAUUGGUCAGCGCAUUGUGCAGGGUAUAUGCAGACCUCAUAUCCGUAUUUUUGUUGACUCCCCCAGCAGUUGUGGUACUCUUAGCCCCUCAAACAGUAUACUCCCCACAGUUAACCCAUCUACAUAUGGGGCAACAGAUAGACAGGCCCAGCCCCCUGCAGGUGACUAUUCAUACUCAACUGAAGGACAUGAUUCACUCCCAAAAUCCAAGAGUAGUGACGGUGUGGUUUGUAAACCCUGUAAUGAUACACAAGAGCCCUUCGCUGAGCCACCCUCACCCCUUCACAAUUCCAAUCAGAAUUCCAACCAGCAGGACAGGACAGGGCACCGGAGUGCUCCCCGAGCUCUGCUCUCUCAGGGUCUCCGCCAGCAGGGCAAUCCACCGUGGGAAGUCUCAUCUUUGUUUCCAGCUAACGUGGACAUCCUGUGCCUGGAAGAGGUGUUUGAUAAGAGGGCAGCGAAGAAGCUUACCGAAGCUUUGAAACCCGUGUUUGGACACAUCCUGUAUGACGUUGGUGUUUACGCCUGCCAGCCACCAUGCAGCUGUUCCUCUUUCAAGUUCUUCAACAGUGGCUUGUUUGUGGCAAGCCGAUUCCCUGUGAUCGAGGCCCAGUACCACUGGUUUCCUAACAGCCUCGGAGAAGACGCACUGGCUGCUAAGGGGCUUCUUUCUACCAAGGUAGUUUGCUCAAUGUCUUGUGUUGAGCCAAUUCCAAUUAAGACAUGUCUUUUUUUUGUGUUGCACAAUUUAAUUAGACAGUUGUUACUUUUGUCAUGUUGUAAAGAAAACGGAAAUUGUAUUUUUAAUGUUUUUGUAAUUUAUAGGUGCUGAUUGGGAAGAAUCAGAAACGAAAGAGGGUAGUUGGUUAUUUUAAUUGCACACAUCUUCAUGCACCAGAAGGCAAGUCUCAUUUUAUGGGUCUUCUUGAAUUAACUCAGAAUUUGGUGGUUUUCCUUGACAAAAAAAGAUUAUUAUGGUCUGUCAAGCUGAUCUGUUUUUGUUUCUUAUUAUGAAUCAGGUGAAGGAGAAGUCCGCUGUGAGCAGUUAAACAUGGUUACAAAGUGGAUCGGAGAUUUUCAAGCAGCAAACAGACAACCUGAUGAGGAGGUUGCUUUUGAUGUGCUGUGUGGAGAUUUCAACUUUGAUAACUGCUCACCUGGUGAGUUUUUCUUUUGACACAUAAUGAUUAAAUAAAUCAUUACAUUCAGCUAACCAAAAGUUCAUUUUUUAACUUUAACCAAUUUUUUUUGUCUGUCUAGACGACAUCCUGGAACAGAAUCAUUGUUUGUUUGAUGAAUACAGGGACCCAUGCAGGGCAGGGCCUGGAAAAGAGAAGCCCUGGGUCAUAGGUGCAUACUGUUUCUAAACAUUUCACAACACCUGUGCUGUUGACUUAUUCGAAAAAUGCUGAAACUCAUCUGGUAAUUUUACCUGUUUACCUCUGAAGGUACUCUGCUGGAGCAGCCAACACUCUAUGAGAAUGACAUAAAUACCCCAGAAAGACUUCAAAGGUAUACUGAGUCCAAACUUCUGGAGCCUCUGUGACACAGCAUCACAGACACCUUACUUUUCUGACCAAAAAAUAUUACCCUUUACUGAAGCUGAUGUUGAAAUCCAUUUUGUCUUCUUUGUGUAGAACUUUGGAGAGUGAAGAUUUGAGAAAGCAGUACAUUUCCCCUCCUGUACCUAAAAGUGGUCUUCCCUUGGUUUACCCUGAGGCUGGUCAGCCAUGGAUCGGACGUCGGAUUGACUACGUCUUGUACCGGGAAAACUCCAUCUCAAAGCACUGCAAAACAGUACGUGUCCUGUGCUGUGUCACUCUCUGUAUCUCUCUCCUUCAUGUGCUAUAUAAAUAAACCUGGAUUGGAUUGGAUUUAUCUCUUUAAAGUUUUAAGUUUCUUUGAGAUACAUAGUAGACAUUGAUAAAGAUAAAGAUAAAGUAGACAUUGUCAGGUUUUUCUACAUGUGGUCUGAAAAUACAAAUAAUUUUCAUCAGAGCAGCGCAAAGCAUCUCAUACAGUCUCACAUUCUUAUUGUUUCCAUACAGGAAAUUGAAGAGGUGACCUUUAUUACCCAGCUGGCUGGUCUUACAGACCACAUUCCUGUGGGCUUGAGACUGAAUGUAACCAUGGACACCGACAGGGCUGACGAAUGAGGGCUAAAAUGAACACAAAAUCUUAAAGGGAACAAAAUGUGCAAAACUGUACAAUGCUCUGACCAAUUCUGCACAGUAAAGCUUUUCUAUAUAUUUGAUUUUAUUAUUUUGAUAAAUACCAAUGAGACAAUGCCUCAAAUACAGUUUUAUUCAGAUUUUAUAAUGUUUACAAUUUUAUACAUAGAGUUGUGUUUUUAACAGAGGUAUUGAUUUUUUAAUACAAUUUAUAUGUAGGAUUUUUCAUUGAAAACUGUUUUCCUACAGAAAUAAAUUUUAAAGAGUUGAUUUUA